GUCUAUUUCCGUGGUGGGCUGUCAUCGACGCGCGCGGAGGAGCUCCAAAAAAUCGCGGAUAAUUUCCUCCUUUUUGUCGACAACACAGCGGACUGACGGCCGGUGACGUCAUGAACAUGUACUCGGUCCCCAGCCCGGGAAUACCCGGAUGUCCACCUGGGCUGGAAUACCUGACUCAGGUGGAUCAGCUGCUCAUCAAACAAAAAGUGGAACUGGUUGAAGCUCUGGUGGGCUUCGAGAGCAACAACAAGUACGAGGUACGUAACUCCAUGGGCCAGAACGUCUUCUACGCGGUGGAGGAGAACGACUGCCUGAGUCGCCAGUGCUGCGGGCCACUGCGGCCCUUCUCCAUCCACGUGCUGGACAACUCGGGACAGGAAGUCAUCACGGUCACGCGGCCCCUCAAGUGCACGUCCUGCUUCUUCCCCUGCUGCCUGCAAGAGCUGGAGGUGCAGGCGCCCCCGGGCAACACGGUGGGCUACGUCACCCAGCAGUGGCAUCCCGUAUCGCCCAAGUUCUUGGUGGCCAACGAGCACGCCGAGCCCGUCCUGAAGAUCCACGGGCCCUUCUGUGGCUGGAGCUGCCUUCCGGACGUGGACUUUGAGGUUCUGACCAUGGAUGAAGUCAACAAGAUCGGCAAGAUCAGCAAACAGUGGACUGGUCUUCUCAGGGAAGUCUUCACGGACUCAGACAACUUUGGGAUCCAGUUUCCUAUGGACCUGGACGUCAGGAUGAAGGCCGUCAUGAUCGGGGCCUGUUUUCUCAUCGAUUUUAUGUUUUUCGAGACAACUAACUAAGAGAAGAAGGAUGAAGGAGUUAAGGCCAUGUCAUCUUCAUUUGUUGACGUUGUAGGAAAGUAUUGAAGAAGCUGCAUGGGGUCUUUUCUUUUUAACCACUGCAUUUUGAUACCGUUUGUUACUUUCUAGUGGGACUCAGUAAGAUGUACAACCUUUGUUUGUGAGGUUUUAUUUGAACAAAGAGUUUAUUUCUAUGUGCUUUUAUUUGAACAAAGUGUUUAUUUGUGUGUGCUUGCAGUCGAGCAGGAAGUCAACAGUUCAAACGUACAUUCCAAUGUAGCCCACCAGGGGGCGCCAGCUUCUCGUCUAAGACAGGGGUGUCCAAACUUUUUCCACUCAAAAACAAAGCAUUUGGAUUUUUUCACUUUCAAAACCAGUAAAAUAUAUUGUUUUAAACUUAAAUACUCGUCAUAAGUUUGGUCCCAUAAGUUUCCGUCAUAAAAAUUGUAAAAACAAGUAAUAUUUAAAUUUUUUUUCCAUUUAAAACGUACAUUUCUGGAUCAACGUUAGGUCUAUAUGUCAAUAUAACGUUUUUUAUUUUUAUUUUUUAUUUUUAUGUAUGUUUCAAGUUUUUUCAAUCAAAAACAAAAAAUAUGCAUUAUUUCCCUAAAAAUUUUUUCGAGGUGGAAUAUUGGAUGUGAAGUAAUUGGAGCCUUCAAUAGAUCAAUAAUUCAAAAUAUCGAUUGUAAUUUUUUAUUAUUUUUCGAGCAAUAACAGUAAAAACAAAACAAAACAAAAAAUUCCCACUAAAAUUCUCCAGGACCCAAAAGGCUCCCACUCAUUAAAGUGUUAAAAAAUAUUUAAUACUUUUUGUUUUAUAUAAAAACAGAUUUGAGUGUCAUAAAUAAAACAUGUAUGAAAUAUUUUGGGUCCUGGAGAAUUUAAGUGG